UGUCUGUGGAACACAAACUUCCUCCAUGUAGAUCACAAUGCAAUUCCUGUGGUCAGCUGGUUGAGUAGGAGCCAAUUUUAGACCAAGACUGCGCUCCCAUUAGGUAGUUACUCCAGGAUGUUCCUAGUUGCUGUUUAAUAAUUUCAUUUGGAAGGUAAAAUUAACAUUGUAAGUACACAUGUACAAUGUUAACAUGAUGUCACUUCCUGUUUCCUGUCAUCCGGCAUGGAUUGUAUUAAGUUUAUACUGUUUGUAUGUUCCCUAUUAUGUCUACUGAAGUAAGGCAUUCUUACCCCCAUUCCCAAAGAACAUAUUACAAGGACUCUUAUUAUAAACCUAUACAUUCAGUAAUUAGGCCUUGGAGGAGCUCUAGUACAUUCGGAGGACUGGUGGUGAAACACUGAGGACCUAUCGGUGGGAGAAUUAUCUCCAAUAUGGACAUUUGAUCCAGGAAGGUGAUACUGGACUCCAACAUUUCAAGUGUUCUUGGAAACACAAUGCUGCUUUCCAUCAGUGAUCCACCAAGGAUGGUCGAGGGCAGAAACCUCAUGGCUGCGAGGAUAUUAGACCUCACCCUAGAGAUCAUCUACUUGAUAACAGGAGAGGAUUACACAGUAGUGAAGAAGUCGUCUGGUGAGUGUGUGACACCCCAUGUGUCAGGAGAAUGGAACAGGACCCCGGGAGCCAUCACCGAGCCUCCACCUUAUUCACUGAUACAUGAGCAGAAGAUCCUAGAACUUACCACCAGGAUCACUGAGCUGCUGACCAGAGAGGUUCCUAUAAGGUGUCAGGAUGUCGCUGUCUAUUUCUCCAUGGAGGAGUGGGAGUAUUUAGAAGGACAAAAGGAUAUGUACAAGGACGUCAUGAUGAAGGAUCACCAGCCCCUCACAUCAUCGGAUGGGUCCAGUAGUAGAAAUCCACCAGAGAGAUGUCCCAGUCCUCUAUAUUUCCAAGAGUGUCCAGAGGAAAAGCAAAAUGUCCUACUGGAUCAUCAGGAAAGCUGUGGUGGAAUGACGAGUGGACCUGAAAACCCCACAUCAGAGUCAGUGAAUGUUUAUGUAAAUACAUUUGAUGUAAAAGGAAAAGCCCUAGUACCUUUAGUACUAAGGAUGGCUUCAAGAAAGAGAAGCAAUAUAUGGAUUUAUUUUGAGGAAGUUGGUCCACAGAAGGCAAAAUGCAAGAUCUGCAAGAAUACUUUUUCAGGGCGACCAGGAUCCACUUCAAAUUUCAGACGUCAUCUUAAGAACAAACAUCCAACGUUCCCGCUUGUGCAAGUGAAACAAGAGGAUCCAGAAAUAUCCACAUCGGUCUCGGGUGAAUCCAUAUUAGCGUCUACCUCAGCUGGCACGGUCUGCACCCUUUCUAAAGAAUCAUCCACCACAUCUGGAAUUGCUACCCCUGUACAAAGGUCUUGCCAAAGUCAGAUGACGAGAUAUGUGAGAGCGCCAACCGGCCCCAUCCGACAGAGCAAAGUGGACGAGCACUUAGUUAAAAUGAUUGCCCUGGAUUUCCAACCGUUUUCAAUUUUAGAGGACAAAGGAUUUAAAAGUUUUGUGAAAGCCCUCGAUCCUUCGUACAACUGGCCAAACAGAAAGACGCUAUCAGCCAUUGUCUUACCUCAACUGUACAACAAUAUUAAAGCUGAAAUGAUGGUGAGAGUAGGCAACGCCUCUGCCGUGUGUCUGACAACUGACUGCUGGACAUCACGCACAACAACCAGUUUUAUGGCCGUCACUUGUCAUUAUAUUGAUGAAAAUUUUAGGCUUUUGUCCUGUCUGUUGGACUGCUUCUCAUUUACAGAGAGGCACACGGCUGACAAUCUGGCAGCGGAACUUAACAAAAUUUGUGAAGAGUGGGGCAUCACAGACAAAGUCGUCGCGUGUACCUCUGACAAUGCCAGCAACAUAAAAGCAGCUAUCCGUAAAGUUGGAUGGAAGCAUUUGCCAUGCUUUGCCCACACAUUAAACUCAAUUGUGAGGGAAAGUUUGAAAAACAUUCAGGAGACGGUGGCAAAAGUCAACAAUAUUGUAGAAUGCGUUAACGGAAGCACCGUUGCCACUGAAAGACUAAAGGCCACACAAAGGCAAAUGUGCCUUGAAGAGUUGAGGCUCAAGCAAGAUGUAGCAACAAGAUGGAAUUCAACUUACUACAUGCUGAAAAGAUUUUUGGGGAUGAAAGAAGCGAUUAUUGCUGCACUUGCUUUGGUCAAACCCAGGCUUCCAACCCUGACGCUUGAGGAGUGGGAUUUAAUAAAAGAUGCGUGUGAAGUACUGAAACCCUUUGAAGAGGUUACUAUGGAAAUCAGCACAGAAAGAUAUGUGACUGCCUCAAAGGUAAUUUUGAUGGCAAGGGGACUGCAAAAAGCCGUCCAGAGAUUACGUGGUGCUAUCUCCAAUUAUGGUCCUGUUUCGGAAAUGAUUAAUGCACUUACAGAUGAAAUGCAAAAACGCUUUUACCAGAUUGAGCACAUUCAACAGCUGGCUGAGGCAACCCUUCUGGACCCCAGAUUUAAGCGAAGGGCAUUUCAUGACCCAGUAGCAGCUAAUGAAGCCUCCAAAAGUGUCACUAUGGCUGCUGCAAGAAUUUGGUCAAGUAUGCAAGUGGAUCAACCUCAUACUGGCCUUACAGACCCCUCAGCUCCUCUUCAGUCGGAGCAACAACCUUCUUUCUGGGCGGACUUCGAUGAGAGAGUUGCCGAUGCAGUUACCUUUUUUAACCCUACUUCGCAUGCAAUGGCAGAAAUGAGAGGGUAUCUUGAAGAGUCCCUCAUUCCAAGGACAGAAGACCCUUUGGCCUGGUGGAAAACAAGGCAGACAAUUUAUGAAAGGCUAGCAACUAUUGCGAAGACGAGACUUUGCAUAGUCGCUACCUCUGUGCCUGCAGAAAGAAUAUUUUCAAAAGCCGGCCAGAAAAUUUCUGAAAGAAGAAGCAGGCUGAAUCCAAAUAAAGUUAGACAGCUAAUUUUUCUUAAUGCAAACAUUACCUCUCCCGAAGACACAGCUACAUAGAGAGGCAUAUAUUAUCAAAAAAAUUCUGAUCGUUUGCACUUUAUAUUUAUUUGUAUUUUAUUUGUUUGCUUAAU